CCCGGGGGACCGCUAAAUGCAGGCAUUGAGUGGAUAUAUCUUCCACCGUCCUGCCGGUAGAUGGGGCAGUCAGAGUCCCACACUGUGCUGAAGACUUCUGUAAAGUUUUGGACCACCCCGGAUAGCCCGGGAGAGGUUUCCUAUUGGUCUGCCAAUGAGAGGUGUCAUAUGUCCCAUGGAGCAGUAAACUUCUCAUAAUCAAAAGUGGGGCUUUCGAGUGGCGUUUUAAUUAAUCAAUGGGGUGGACGAAGAUACUUUCUUGCCGCAGUGCAGAAAACAUGUGGUUUAUUAUGCAGAAAGGGCAUUAUACACAAGUUUCCCUUCAGCUCUGACAAGUUUUUCGAACUCGCUGGGUUUUUUUUCCCUUUAUUCUUGCUCCAGAAGUCACCCAAACGGGACAAUGUCGCAGUCUGAGCAGAAAGAAACGUCGGAGCAGGGAGCACAGAGCUCUGGACGCGAGCAGAGCGACGUGUUGGUAAAUCCCAGAGCGGUAUGUAAGGUGUGUAAGCGCCUGUACCGGGACCCUAAAAUCCUGCCGUGUCUGCACACGUUCUGCUCUGACUGCAUCGCUCAGCUGGAGCCGUUUGCGGUGUCUUCACGUAUCCACCGGAAUGUUCCGGAGGGCGGUAAGCGGGAUGAAGCGCCGGAGGCAGACCGACCCGCCGUCACUAUCACGGUGCUCUGCCCUGACUGUGACUCAGAGGUAAACCUCCCUCCGUCCGGGCCCGUCGGGCUGAGCACCGACCACUUAGCGCUGGACGAAGUAUUCGCGGAGACCCUGGAGACGGACGGCCCGCUGGGAUGCGACCUGUGCGGAGAAGGAGGUGCUGGGAGUCGCUGCGAGGUGUGCUCCGUCAACCUGUGCGAGUUCUGCUGCCAAGCGCAUAGACGGCAGAAGCGAACAGCAUCUCACUCCAUUCAGGCUCUGGAGGAGCUGAAGGCUUGUGGUCGUCUGGUCCGACCCGUCCUCUGCACCUUGCAUCCAGGACAGGAGCUCCGGCUUUUCUGUCAGCCCUGCGACCUGCCCGUCUGCCUGGAGUGUGCCGCCACGCUGCACCGCGACCACCGCUGCUGCCCCACACGCGAUGUCAUCGAUCGCCAUGGGGACCGCAUCAGAGAGCUGGUUAACGUGCACCUUCGGCCCCGACUCGAGCGACUGGAGGAGUCACUGCAGAAGGUGGAAGCAUCUCAGGAGACUUUGCAGGCACGAGUUGAGGCCACAGCCAACGAGGUGAGGGCAUUUGCACGAGGUUACGCCAGCGCAGUGGAGGCCCACUGCCUGUCUCUGCUGCAGCGUCUGGAGGAGCUCCGAGUCCAACGGAGGAACCACCUCCACCUGCAGGGGGUGCAGCUUCAGCAGGCUCUGCUGGACAUUCGAGGUGGUGUGGAGUUCACAGAGCGGCUCCUGAGUUGCGGGUCUGACGCUGAGAUCCUCAGUGCCAAAGGAGUGACCUUGAGAAGACUCACCAGCCUGACAGAGAGGGGUUAUGACCCCCACCCAGCAACCAUUGCCCCUGACGAUGGCAGCAGUAUAUCCUUCAUGCCCAGGGAACCUGCAGGGGAGGUGGAGGGCUACCCUGUGGUCGGGGUAAUCAACUCUAAGACGGUGGAUGUCAGCAGGUGCAGCAUUGAAGGGGAAGGCCUGCAGGAAGGCACGGAGGGCCAGCUGGGCCACUUCACCCUGGUGUGCCGAGACUCAGCUGGAGAACAGUUGGCGCGAGGUGGAGAGCACGUCCUCGUGAGCGUCGUUCACACAGAGAAGAAGAACUGUAAAGUGGAGACGGCUGUGACUGACAACAGUGACGGGUCCUACAGUGUGUCAUACACACCACAAGAGCCAGGAGCCUACUCUGUGUGGGUUUGUGUCAAAGCCCAACAUGUCAAGGGUUCUCCAUUUGUUCUGAAUGUGAAGAGGAAGUUCAGGCGUCACAGAGGGACGUUUCACUGCUGCUCCUUCUGCUCCAGCGGAGGAGCCAAAGAGGCUCGCUGUGGCUGCCCAGGAACCAUGCCAGGAGGAUUUAAAGGCUGCGGUCAUGGUCAUAAAGGACAUCCCGGGAAGCCUCAUUGGUCUUGCUGUGGCAGCACCACGGAGCAGUCGGAGUGUUUGCCCCAGAGUGUGCUGGCUGCCGUUUCCCCUCGCAGCCACCUGCGAACUGUGGAGCUCUGAGGCGACGCAGAGCCGAGACCUGUCAGGACGAUGCGGUUUCAUAAAAAGAUGGCAGAAACCGAAAGGUUAGAGCUGCGGGGAAGUAACCUUGAGGUCGUCGGCGUAAACCUUGGAACAACUUGAAAAGGUCAGACAAGGGAAGUGAAAGUAACCGAGUGAGGCAGGACAUCAGAGUCACUGCAUGUCGGGCUUAAUGUGAUGCAGUAUCCAGCCAGCUGUUAGAGACUAACAAGGGAGACAGACACCAAAGAGGGACCGUAUAGUCCUCAUUGUAAAAGUGCCUUUAUGUGUCAGCUAAUCAUGCUUAUGACAAGCCGGAGGAGAAAGGAGGAAGAAGAAGCACCGAUCACAGCAGCACAGAAAUGUGUUUAAAGCCUCGCUGAAAGGAAGCGGCGCAACAGCUGACAGUUUACAAGUUUUUAACCUUUUAAGCAGCUCAGAAGUUUUAAGGUGCAAAAAAAACCAGCCAGAAUCAACAGAUUGUGGAAUAUUUUAAUGUCUUUUUAUAUCAAACAGUCAGAGGAAGUAAUCCUAAAUAUAGUUUCUUAAAUAUAGCCAUGGUACACCACCACUCCCUACAUGGCACCUUGGCCUGUGUAGAAAAAAUGACUGUAAUGCUAUUUUUACAAAACAUAAAAUUUUGAUGGAUUUUUCUUUAUUGUUCCUUUGUUCUUUCAGUUCUGAAAUAAUGUAACUAUUAUUGUAACUGUUAUGAGGUAUGAGGUAGUGGAACAACUGUCUAUGUGUCAAGAAAUGCUUUUAUGCAUCUCCUUACAGUGCUGUUACAAAUAUGGACACUUAUGUUAAUUAAUGAGAUCAAUGUUUGAACGACUGAUCUUGUGAGCCAAAGCUCAAGCUUCAGGUUUUUUUUUAUUACUCUUGUUUCUGCAUGAUGUCAGUGAGAGCAGAUGCUCCUAUGGAUGUGGCUCUGGCUGCGAGCACAGCAGCCCCACCCACCUGCUUUUCAAACCUGCUGUUUACGAGGGGUAGCCAAUAAGAAGAAACGCUAGCGUGAAGGGCGAGGGAAAGGAGCUAAAACAGCUCAUUUCAGACAGGGAUCAAUUUUGAAUAACGGGAAUAUUUGUCAUAUAAAUAUUGAGUAAUUACUUGAGUUCUGCUUCAGGUAGUUUUAUAACAAUAACUACUGUGUCUUCAUUAGUAACAACUUAUACAUAAUUGUGCCUUUUACUUGAAUAUUUGUAUGUAAUAGUCACAAAACAAGUAAUUACACAUAGCGUUACUAAUAAUUCAUAACUAUCUCCUACAAAUUUACAUAUUACAGCCUACUCAAUAAUAAAACAUUAUGUGUAGCUACAAGGAAAUCUUUAUAUAUAUAAUGUAGUGCCAAGUACUGCAAAAAUAUGUUUGCUCAACAACAUUUGAUUGAUUAAUUUGUGAGCUAAUCCAUAAGGUCAGGAAAGGCUGUUGCAUGGAAACCAUCCAAAGUGUAAAUUCAUUCGCUGUUCCAAAUGCAAACAUCUGUCCUGUCCUGUGUGCAUGUGAACAAUUUUACAUCCAAUGGCUGUUAGUGCUACCGGAACAACGAAGAAACUCAUUAAAAUGUUCACACAAAAGGUUUUUUUCCUUGAGUGUCUUUAGGAAUUCAACUCCUGCAAGCUUCACGCCUUUAUCUGGAAAACACUGUGACCAUGAAGGUGCAGACAGCCACUGCUUAGAAUACAGACUUGUUUUUCUUCUAAGCCUUAUAAUGAGCCACUUUUUCUGUAUUCAGAAUGCAACAUGCAUGUUCCAGUUGAGUGGAAGGAACAUGAUGAUUUUUACGUAGCAUUGGCUCAAUAUGAAGUUGUAAAAAUGAAAUUUACAACUAUUUUUUCUACUUGUGGGCCAAAAUCUGCAGAGUGACAGAGAAGCUGUCACACACUGAGAUCUGGAAGUGUUUCCAUCAGACACUGACUUACACAUUCAUCUGGAUGUAUUAGCAGGUAACUUGUCCUGUUGCUGUAUUAUUAUUACUAUUUAUUUUUUUUACUUGUUUACAUCUAAUAAAGAGUUUGUCACUUCUCAAA